AUGCGCCGACUCUUUGCGUCGUCUGUCGUCGUGUUGGCGGCGCUAACGCGACGCCUGCACACACGGGAGGACGUGCGCAACAUCGCGGUUAUUGCCCACGUCGAUCACGGCAAGACGACCCUUGUGGAUAGCAUGCUGAGUCAGUCCGGCACUGUGGCGAAUGCGCACAACCGUGUGAUGGACAGCAAGGAUCAGGAGAGGGAGCGCGGCAUCACCAUCCUGGCCAAGAACACGGCCAUUGUCCUAGACAACGGAAAGCGUCGCAUCAACAUCGUGGACACACCUGGUCACCUGGACUUCUCCGGCGAGGUGGAGCGUGCACUGCAGAUGGUCGAGGGCAUUAUCCUCUUGGUCGAUGCAAAGGAGGGCGUCCGCCCUGGCACGCGGUACGUCCUGCGCAAGGCACUCUCCCUCCACCUGCGACCCAUCGUGUGUCUCAACAAGAUCGACAAGGACGACCUCAACAUCGCAAAGACAGAGAAGGCCGUCGAGGACUUGUUCCUGGAGGCAGCACAGGAUGAAAGCCAGCUCGAAAUGAAGUUCUUGUACGGCUCUGGGCGCAACGGGUACAUGAACGAGGAGCCCAGGCAGGAGGGCACCCUGACCCCGCUCUUCGACACGAUUUUUAGCACUGUGCCAGCACCCAAGGCGGAGGAUGAACAGACCCUGCAGAUGCUGGUCGCCCAGGUCGACGAAGACGAGCAGAACGGCACGAAGCUUGCGAUUGGCCGCAUCUACAACGGCGCCGUGCAAACCGGCGAUGUCGUCACGGUUGCGCUCGAGGAAAGGCAAACAGACGCCCUGGUGAAGUCGAUUCACCUCUACUGCGGUGUGCAGAAGAUGCCCGUGACGAGGGCCAGCUACGGAGACAUCUGCAUCCUCGAACUACAGGAGCCGAUCGGGAUGAAGGUGCCGCUGAAGAUCGGGGGUACGAUUGGGAAGCAGAGCGCGGUAAAAUUGUUUCCGUACAAGAAGCCCGACGACCCGACCUACAGCCUUGUCCUGCAAGAGAGCGAGGCCAGCUGGAAGGGCAAAGAGGCGACUGAGGCCAUGGGAAAGAUGCCCCUUAUCCAGCGCCGGCUCGACCGGGAGGCAAUGGUGAACACGGCUCUGCAGCUCAAGAGUCUCAACGCAAAGCAGAUCAUCAUGUACGGUCGCGGCCCGCUGCAUCUUUCCGUCAUCAUCGAAGACAUGCGGCGCGAGGGUUACGAGUUUGAGAUUCAGGCACCGCGGGUGCUGACGCGCAUGAUCGACGGCGUGACAUGCGAGCCGUUCGAGCGACUGCUGCUGGAGUUCAAAGACAACCUCGUGUCUGACGUUGUUUCGUUUCUGAGCUCUAAGAUGGGCGAAAUUGGCGAGAUCGAGCCGCUGUCGAAUGGGCGCGUCCUCAUGGAAUGUGUGAUGCCAGUGCGCCUCAUGUCGAAUGUGCCGCUGAAAUUUCACACCCUCACUGGCGGUGACGGUGUGCUGAACCACCAGUUCGACUCGUACCGUCCAAUGGCCGCCAUCGAUACGGAACGAGAUACUGGCGCCCUUAUAUCUGUCGAAAAUGGCGAGGUGACGGACUGGUCGCUCUCCGGCUUCGGCACGCAGGGACGCUUCUUCGUACUCCCUGGUGACCAGGUGCACUAUGGCCAGAUUAUCGGUGAGAACCAGAAGACGUCGCUGCAGAACCUAGGCGUGAACGUGUGCAAGCGCAACGAGCAGCUUGGCGGCAUGCGAGCAAACGCCAACGAUAAGGCUAACAGCAGAAGAGGCCCCUACAGCGCGGUGCGCUACACUUUCGAGGACUGUGCUGCAUGGGUGACGGACGAUGAGCUUGUUACCGUGACGCCCAAGUCGAUACGCAUGCGCAAGCCAGGGUUCAAUGGAAAGACCAGUAUGCGCUCCCUGAAGAGGAAGUGA